GAUGCUGCGGUGUACGGCUCAUGGGUAUUCUGGUUCGGAUUAAUUCUUAUUCCACCUCUCUGUUUGACUCGUGAUGUUGCUUGGAAAAUGGCAAAACGAAGUUUCUCCGGUUCACUUCGUGAACGUGUCAUGCAAAUGGAACAAAUGAAGGGUGAUCCGGAUCGCAUGAUCCGUGCCAGCUUCAAAUCCACGUGA